AUGCCACUUCUGCACACUGACCCAGGGCCUAUAGGAACAGACAGCAACUCCACCGCAGUCACCUUCAUAAACGACUCAACUCCCACCGUCGCCUUCUCAGACUACUUGGACAGAAUCACCGCCAACGACAUCACCUCUAGAACCAAUUACGCAUACAGCUUCCUGUCGGCGCUGGGCUUCGUGGCUGCGUGCUUCCUCCUCUACGUCUUCCUUGUGGCGUUCAGGGCCCAGAGGAGAGUGGCCUGGCUGGACUGCCUGCUGUGUGCCUUCAGCGUGCUCCAGCUGCUGCUGCUGCUGCUGUCUCUGUACGCCGCGGUGCACAGGCCCAGCUUCCUGAGGACCUCGGGGCUGGGAUGCGCGACCCUCUCCUUCACCAUAAACGCAGUGCACGGUGGCGGCCUUCUCGUCCUCGUGGUUCUGGCGUACAUUCUGAGCCUGGAUCCGCCAUCGCAGGCGCCGCUGAGGAAGCCCGGAGUCUGCGCGGGUGUCGUAAUCCUGGGUUCUGUGGUGGUAUCUUUGGUGCUGGCUACCAUCGGAGGAAAACGAGAAGACAACGGCUGUUUUAUGGACCCGGUCUGUCUUCCAUACGCACUGGCCAAACUCAUCCUGGCGUUGUUAGUCCCAUACAUGAUCCAGGUGACGCUCCUUAUUGCAGGCUGCGUGAGGCAAUGGAAAACCAAAGGCCGAUUUCUCUCCGGGUCCGAGGAAGGUCCCGUCUUUGUAGCAGUGUCUUUCGUCUUGUUUGUUUGUGGGCUUCUUUACUGCACGGCGCUGAUCAGAGCUGCACUGUUGAAGAGGAAGGACAGACUGGUGCCAAAGGAGGAGGCGUUUCUGAACGUGUUUGAGUUUGUGUUUUUCUCUGGGAGCAGCUUCAGCUUGAUCCUGGUGCUGAUGCUGCACAGACCGUGUCGCGAAACACUCAAAACAGUGAUGAGACAAAUGAGAGACUGCUGUAAGAGGCACGGGCAAACACAGGCCCACCGCAUCAUAGCACCACACAUCGAGAUCUCUGAUGCACUGCAGGACAUCGAGCAACAAUGA